ACCUCUUGUCAGACGAGGGCCAGAUGAUGCGCAAGUUUUUCACUCGGGAAGGCACCUGCCUUGUCAAUGUCUGGUGAUAUUUGAAGCGACCCUCUUCCUCGCCUCUGGUUCAAUACAGUACUUAUCUAUCGUCGAGUUCCUGGCCUACUUCCGGAGAAUUUACUUUGAUAUUCGCAGAUUCGUCCCCUCUAUUCAACUCCCCACGGUUCCCAGAAACAUCCGCGCUCACCAUGACAAGCAUCACACGCCUCGCCUCAUCUGCCCUCCGCGGUAUCACCGUCCUCACGUUGCUUACAAGCAGCUUCAUGUCUGUCUCUGCGCAACAGCAUCCGAAUGGAGGAUAUGCCAAAAACUGCAUCUUCACAGGCGCAAGUCUGCGCGACGGUCACUGGCUUGGGUGCAACUGUCUGAACGACGACGUUGCCAUUUUCGGGUACAACUACACUUGGCUGGAUCUCAACUUCUGCGUAGGAAACAGAAAUGGGACCUUGGAGAGUUAUGAUACCGGAAACUACACCAAGGCUUGCCGUGACUGCAGAAUCUUCAACAACCACCAUACCAUCUUUCUGAACUGUCUAUGCCCGGACAUGGCGCAUGUACUACACAAUAGCACGCUUGACUUGAACACUACCCUGUACAAUGUGGAUGGGUGCGCGGGUUGUUACAACCACAUGGGGAACAAGUCAUGGGAUGGUCCCCCUCCUUCAUCGUCAAACCACACUCUGUUGUUCCUUUGACUACCUGUAGACCUGCAAGAGUCCCAUUGGAUGCGCGACUCGUACUUUGUAAGACUAUCGCUAAAUUGAUGCUUCUUAAACACAUUUUAUCGUCAUGCAAAGUCUGUCCUU